AAAAAAAUGACAAAUCAUUAUUUCAGUCAUUUUCGAGGUUUCAUCUUCUGAAAUGUGACCAUUUGUUGCUUUAAAAAUUUGAUUAGUUUUGAAAUUCAGGAAAUAUGCAGCUUGUGAGAGUUUGUUUGUGGUUUCAGACCCAAGGAUAAGUUCUGUGAAAUGUUUUGUUUGAAUUUUGUGUAUUUUCAGAGCUUGAAGUUUUGCAAAAUACACAUUAAGACAUUUUAAUGUUUCAAUAUCUUAAGAAAUAAAACUGAGUCAUGAAAUGUGACGAAAACUCGGAUACAAUAGUUUAUAGUGGAUCAGAAUGAUUGAAUGGAUCCACCUGAAGACUGGUUCUGGACCGAUUUGGACUAUUUGUGCACUGGGUUUACAUUUGGUUGUGGACUUAAUCUGGGUUGGACUCGGAAUGGGUUUCUAACAGGUUGAGGACUGGUUUUAAUCAGGAUUGGGUUUGGACUGUGUUUAGGUUUGGCUUUAAAUUGGUUUUGGACUGGUUCUGAUUAUUGUGGUUUAAGUUGAGUUGUGCACCUAGUUUUGUAUUUGUUUUGUCUGGUUUAGACUUAGUUGUGGACUUGUUCUGUUUUUCAACUGGGAUUUGGUUGUGCUUGGACUGGGUUUAGACCUGUUCUGGAUUGGUUUCAGACUGGUUUCUGACUACUUGUGGACUUGGAUUAGGCUUAGACUGGAUUUGAACCUGGUUGGGGAAUUAGUUUUGGAUUGGCUAAGACAAUGUUUUACACUGAGUAUAGACCUGUUUUAGACUUUGUUUGGACUGGGUUUAGACUGGGUCGUGGACCUAGUUUUGGAUUGGUUCUGACUGGUGUUGAACUUGGACAGAGGGUGGACCUGCCUGUAGACCAAGUUUUGUUAUGGCUUGGUUUUGGCAUUAAUAGUUUUGGGUUGGUUUUAGACUGGUUGUGGACUGGUUCUGACUGUUUAUCAAGUGGGAUUGGGUUGGUUUGGACUGGGUUUAGGCCUGUUUUUAAAUUAGUUGAGUGUUGAUUGGUUUUAGAUUCUUGUUUUCAAAUAUUUUGGUAUUCAGCUGUGCAGAGCUACGAGCUGCUUCCAUUUUGUCUAAAUGUUAAAUUUAACAACACGUGAGGCCGAUUUUGUUCUCAAAGUUUAACAUUCUUGACCUGUGAUGGUGAUAAACACGAAACCCGAACGCCAAACUUUUGCUUUCAGCUGUGAGGUUAUCUGUUGGAAAUCCCGGUGAUCACCACGGUGCUUUCUGUAGUUUCUCUUUCACCAGCAUUCAGUGAUAAACAAGAUCACGCCUGGAUAAAAACUGAACUCUGUUUUGUCCUCAGACUCAUCCGUGAUGCUGCAGAACAGGUAAGAUUCAAUCACACUGUUCUGGUUUGUUUCACAGCUGCUUCAGGAUAUUUCAGUGAGAUUCAAGUUUCAUCAUUGGUUCUGAAAAUGUGCAGUUCUUAUUAGCCUCAGUAACACAAACAUCUCUUUAUAUUAAGUGUUAAACAUCUGUAGAGAGACUGAGAGGACAUAAAUAACAAUAUUCAGGUGGAAUCUGAGGUUUUAUAAAAUGUUUUCAGGUCGUUAUCAAGACUUCAGGCAACAGGAAAAAACACCAAGAAGGUUGAAAGCUGUUCUGACAGCGUUUAUUAGCUAAAACUGUAAAAACAGAAUCAUCUGAGUUUCUGUGUUUCCUUGAACAUGUCAAGUGUGAUGUUUAGUUCCAUCAGAAAAAAAGCAUCCAAAUCUGAGAUCAAAAUCAGAUUUCAGCAAAAUCAUUUUAUGAACUUGAUUGUACAGGGUGGGGGGAAAAAAAUGUCCUGUCAGGUAAAAACAACUAUAAAUGGGCAUAACUUUUUUAUUCUUUGGAAUUUUGAACUGAUUUCUUGAAGAACACAAAUUUAAAGCUUUCACAACAUGUUUAUUCAAUAUGUCCUCCAUCAGCCAUGAUGAAGGCCUCGAUACAGCCUCUAAAAGAGGCACAGGCCCUCCGGAUAUCCUCCUUGGGGUACGCCUCCCAUUCCCUGGAGAAUGCAGUCUUAAGUAAAUCCAUAUUGGCAUCAGGGGUAGCAUUAGUCUUCAACUCAAUGGUGCCCCAUCAGAAAAAAUCCAGGGGGUUUAGAUCAGGUGAGCUCGGGGGCCAAAUGCCUUUGGGCCAGAAGUUUGCCAUAUUCUACUCACAGAACUUUUGGACCUUGAUUGAUGCGUGAGCAGGAGCCCCAUCUUGCUGCCACACAUAGUUGUUGUCGGGGUAGGUGGCCUUCACCCAGGGCAAAACGGUGUAUCUCAGAACUUUGUAGUACACAUCAGCCCCAAUUUUCUGAUCUGGCUUGAAGAAGUAGGGGGGCAUCUUAUUGCCAUCUGAGCCCAAGACUCCCAGGACCAUCUGGAGAUCUCUUGGUGCCCAAACUGGAUUGUCUGGCAUGCUGGAUGCGGUGAAUGGUCCUCUCACUGAUGCCAACAAUCUUGGAAAUGUCCUUCUGAGGGAUUUGGGCAUCCAAGAGAUCACAAACCCUAUUGCAUUUUAAGUUGUUGCUUGCUCACUUCACAAUGCACCAAGGUCUGGCAAAUACUAAGAAGAUUGGUUAAAGGUAAAGAACUUUGAUUUUAAUUAUUGUUUUGAUUACUCUCACCAUUUGGGCAGGACAUUCAAAUUUGUCAAUAGGACAUUUUUGCUUCCCCACCCUGUAGACUGAGUUUGCACUUGAAAUUUCACUUAGUUUUGAAGUAGUUGUGGACUAGGUUUAGAUUUGGUUGUGGACUUGUGGAUUAUUUUGAGUCUGGAUUUAGACUUGGUUUUGAAAUUCAUUUUGGACUUUGGAGUUUAGUCCUGGGCUGCACAGUGGAUUAGUGGUUAACACUUUCGCCUUGCAGCAAGAAGAUCCCCAGUUCAAAUCCCGGGGUGGGCCUGGGAUCUUUCUGCAUGGAGUUUGCAUGUUCUCCCUGUGCAUGCAUGGGUUUUCUCCGGGUACUCCGGCUUCCUCCCACAGUCCAAAAAUAUGCUGAGGUUAAUUGAUCACUCUAAAUUGCCCGUAGGUGUGAAUGUGAGUGUGAUUGUUUGUCUGUAUAUGUAGCCCUGUGACAGACUGGCGACCUGUCCAGGGUGUCCCCUGCCUUCGCCCGAGUCAUGUGUUAGCAACACAUGAAGUUGAUUUUGUUCUCAAAGUUUAACAUUGUUGAUCUGUGAUGGUGAUAAACACGAAACCCGAACGCCAAACUUUUGCUUUCAGGUGUGACGCUAUCUGUUGGAAAUCCCGGUGAUCACCACGGUGCUUUCUGUAGUUUCUCUUUCACCAGCAUUCAGUGAUAAACAAGAUCACGUCUGAAUAUAAACUGAACGCUGAGCUUCAGACUCUGUUUUCUCCUCAGACUCACCUGUGAACAGGUAAGAUUCAUUCACAUUGUUCUACUCUGUUUGUUUCACAGCUGCUUCAGAAUAUUUCAGUGAGAUUCAAGGUUCAUCAUUGAUUCUGAAAAUGUGCAGUUAUUUUCAGUAUCAGUAACACAAACGCAUCUUUAACAUGAAGUGAACAUUUGUAGAGACUCUGUUAAAACUGUGGGGACAAAAAUAAUAUUCAGUCUGAAUCAGAAAUUAGCUUUGGGUUGGUUUUGGACUAGUUCUGACUAGGUUUGGACUGGGUUUAGUUUUAGUUGUGCUUAAUUUGGGUUGGGAUCUGGAUUUGAAUUUAAUUUUGGAUUGUUUUUAGUCUGGAUUUGGACUUGGUUUUGAAAUUCAUUUUAGACGGGUUGUGAACUGGUACACACUUGAUUUUUGACUUCGCUUUGGACUGGACCAGGUUUGGACUUGGUUUUGGACUGGUGUUGGGUUUGGAAUGAAUUCAGAUUUGAUUUCAGACUUUGCUUUGGACUGGUUUGGACAGGGUUUGGAUUUGGUUGUGGACUUCAUUUGGGUUGGAUUAGGACUGGGUUUCAAACUGGUUUUGGACUGGUUUGGAUUUGAUUUUGUACUGGUGUUGUGUAGACUUAGCUUGACUUAGUUUUUUUACUGGGUUAAAAUCUGUUGUUGAACUUUGUCUCUGCUGGGCCUGGAGUUUUUUUGGAUUAGCUGUAAAGUUUUGAUUAGUUUUGAUUCUUGUUUUUAAAUGUUACUUUUUAGUCAGUUUUAAUUUUGUCAACAAAAAAUAUUUUUCAUCUUAGUCCUUGUUAUGAAGAUUAAUCAGAAUUGAGAAGAAUUUUUUACAAAAACAUCUGUUCCUGAGUCAUGGUGCUGAAAAACCAGAAAAGUGUUUGUUUCUUAGUUUUAAUUUAACAUUAAAAUCUUUGUGCUCUUCACCUGCAGGUUGUAAAAAGGUGGUGAUUUCUGUUCCUGACCUGAUUAUCUACUAAACAUGUUGAGAACUCUGAUGAAGAGACAUCUGGAAAUUCUGGCUUUGCUGGAGAGCAACGGAAGGAGCUCAGAUGAAAGAAAAAGAUUAAUAACAACUGCGAUGGAAAACUGCAAAGAUCAAACCAACCUGAAGUGGCUGAGAGAAAACGCAGAGUCUGAUGUCUUCUCCGAACUCGUGGAAAUGUUCGCCUUCCUGAAGAGACACGUUGAUGAAGAAGAGAAGAAGAGCCACGACAACACUGUUGACAUCAUCCUGGUGGCUCAUGGGGCCAUCAUAUACCGGAUGAUUCCUGCCUGCUACCUGCUGCCUCUGAACUCCAUCACCGACCUCAUCCUCUACUCGCCCUGGAACUGCAACAUCACAGCUGAAGUAACGUACGGCGUCGCUACCGGCAAGAUGAAGCCUCAGCACAGAGUUUUUUACUGCGGCACCAAAAAACUCUUUAAAUUUCCCGCUGAAGCCUUGGAUAUGAAAAAUCCUCUGAAGCAGCCAAAGAUCCGAGAGUGCUGUCAACUUCCUGAUGAAAAGCACCAACCCAUGGACCUGCCAGACCAGUGGAACUCUCUGAAGAGGGCCGGAGGACGGAUGAUCCCCAACAUCUUCAUUGGGUUUAUGACGCCAGAUGAUGGAGUGUGGAAAACCUACAAACGCCUCUCAGAAACACAUGGAGCUCCUGGCAGGAACCGCAUCGUCAUCCCGUUCAUCUUCCCAGCAGAACAGAAGCGCUCCGUCCCGCUGUCGGUGGUCAUGUUAGCGCUGUCGCUGGUGUUGCUGUCGUCCAGGUUUAAAGCCACCGUCCACCUCGCCGCCUGUCUGGGUUACAGCUCUGCCGGACACAAGAUGGACUCUCUGAAGGAUCAGUACUCCUGCACCACCGACAACACCACCAUGAAGUCCUCACCAGACAUGUUCCUUCUCAAGUAGAUGGAUGAUCUUCCGUCAGUCUUCCACGUUAACUGUAGAAGACUGUCCAAGAACCAACUAAACUGUAAAAACUCUAAAUUUAAGGCAUUAUUGCAUCAUAAGGUUGCCUCCCACUACAGACGUUCCUAAUCAAGGUUUUCACCUUGAACCUAUCUGACCAUUCGAAUCUUUCACAAUCUCUAUCUGCUGAUAACAAGUCUUAAUUCAAUACCAUUUGAACAUGAAAGGUAUUAAAAUUUAUCCAGUGUAUACGCUUAAUGACUAAAGAGCUCUGCAGUUCAUUGAGGUAGGUGUUCAGGAACUUUGUUCAUGUAGGACACUGUGGGAAACAUAGUGUUAGAGGGUAAAUGUAGUGUUAGAGGGUAGUCGAAUAAAGCCAAGUCACCACUUUUUUUAAAGCAACACAAUGAAAGCUGUUGUUUUCAGGAAAAAAACGUGUUUGACAUUAGCAAUGAAUCUAAAAGCUUUAAAUAAUGGGAUGAAGCUCGUCAAAUGUUAUUUGUGGUGUGAGUUUACCUGAGCCAUUUACAUUUUGGGGUUUAAAUUCCUAAAAAAAAAAAUAUAAAAACUACUUUGCCUGACUACAGCCAAUAUUAAGGCUCGAGCAACCCUACAGUGUUGUACAGUAAUUACAGGAGAAUAGCCUGACUAAUGUAAUAAUAUAGUUCAAACCCUAUCAUGGAUCAUUAUUCAUAGAAUUCAACCUAACUGAUGUAAAUGAGGGCUGCACAGUGCAUUGGUGGUUAGCACUGUUGCCUUGCAGCAAGAAGGUCCCUGGUUCACGUCCCGGCUUUCCUGGGAUCUUUCUGCAUGGAGUUUGCAUGUUCUCCCUGUGCAUGCGUGGGUUUUCUCUGGGCACUCCAGCUUCCUCCCACAGUCCAAAAACAUGCUGAGGUUAACUGGUGAUUCUAAAUUGCUCAUAGGUGUGAGUGUGAUUGUUUGUCUGUAUAUGUCGCCCUGUGACAGACUGGUGACCUGUCCAGGGUGUCUCCUGCCUUCGCUCGGGUCAGCUGAGAUAGGCUCAGUUAGAAUCUUGCCUCCAGUGGUACUUACAGUUUUGGUGAUCCAACAGAUGAAGUAUUAUUUCAAACUAUUUGUUUGAGGCAAGGUUGGAAGAUAAGGAACUUUCUGUUCGUUGGACGUCCAGAUUAUGUUAUUGGUUCACUUUACCCUGCAAACCUAACAGUUCAAGGUGAGCCUGAAUGAGAACAAUGGAAAAGUUUUUCAAACUGCUGAUAAAGGCAGCAGGUCUUGAUUAUAGAGAUCCACAAACACUCCUUCUACUUCACUCUGUGGGACAGUCAGACGCACAGACACGAACAAAUGAAUCAACUUUUAUUUGAAAGCAAUAUUGAACAAAAAUAUGUUAAAAAUAAAAAGAAGAAAUUCAUUAUUGACUGAGAAGAAUUCAAAACAAUUCUAAACUGUAACAACAAGCGUGCAUAUAUGGAGGUCAACAGGAAAAGACAGAGCAGACAUGAAAUUGUUGAACUUUUUGGACCAUUUUGAAUCAUUUUUGGACAGUUUUGAAUUCAUUGGAUAUAUUUUAGGUUAUUUGUUUUUAUCUCUUUAGCUCAUUACUGGACAAAUGUUGAAUCCUUGUGGACACAUUUGAAGUCAUUUGGACAAAUGAAGAGUUCAAAACAAAUUUUUUUAAGUGUUUACUUGAGAUAAUAAUAAUAAUAAUAACACUAAUGAUUUAUUUUUCCUCUAUUUGUCAUGUAUUUUUCUACUGAGUCAAAUCCACUCAACUUCAGUUUGAAUGAUAUUAUCUCAAAUUUUCAGCCAUUUUGAACAUUUAAGUUUUCAUUUUGUUCUAGUGUAGAAACUCGUGUGAUUUUGUGCUUUGGAUGGUUCUCCUGCGGAUUAACAUGCUUUAAAACUUGUCAUUAGUGGAUUUAAGGAAUGUGAACAGACCAGGCUGUAAUGCUGGGAUCAGUUAGCAGCGUAAAGUUACCACUAGCAGACUGUUAAUGUAAAUUCACUUCUCUUAAUGUCAUUUUAUCCAAAGUUGUGGAAUCAGAGAAAUGAUGCAUCAGGAUGUGUUUUAUUUUCAUUGUUUGAGGGUGCAGGGAGUAAACAUAAUUUAAAGCUAAUGCUGAUGUGUGAUUGUAGAGUGGGCUGGAGGUGGUGAAAUCAGGAUAUUUUAGGUACAAUCUAGUAAACUGUAGCUACCAUUACACACCCUUUCUACUGAUGAGUCUGACUGAGACUUCUACACAGUGAGCUCAAAUGUAACUGAAGAGUUGAAAGUUUCUUCUUAUUGUCUCGAUAUUUUCAUGAGAUCUUCAGUGUCAUUACCUGAAUAUAAGAUAGUGGUUUUGAGUUGUUUUGUUCAGACAUAAGGUGGUCAGGUCUGUUGCCACACCAUGCCGUUACAGCGUGGGCGUGGUUGGCCUGGAGGGUCUGGCGGCCCUACUGGGCUCGUCACAUGUGCUGGCAGACAAACUCUUUAGGCUGACACGUCACACGCUGUCAGUGAGACGCUUCUAAAGAAGACAGGAGCAGCUCGCCAAAUCUGACAAGGUAAAAAUCUACAUCUAUUUUUUCACCUUAUGCCUGAACCAAACAGCUCAAAACUGCUGCAAUAGAAAGAAGACUUGAUGAAUGUUUUUGAGCUGAAUUUAUGAUGCUGCAGCUCAGCAGAUUCUGGGAAGAAGGAAGUAUGUUUGAAAACACAAACUUCAAAUAGUGCAGCGACUCUGAAAACGUAAUCACAAAUUAAAUGGUAAACCUUCCUAAAGACUGAAAAUAUUACUUCUUCUGUAUUUAAGUAAUUAUUCUAGACAUGUACUCUGUUGCAGCGCUACAUUAAUAAGCUUGUUUGUCUAUUAAUCUGUAUCUUUAUUUCUUAACUGCAUUGUUUUUUUUACCUGUUAAGAACUUCAUGAAGAUGUUUUCAGAAAGUGCUGCACAAAUAAAGUUUAUUGUA